AUGAAGAAGGCGGCGCUCAAGAAGUCGGGCCUCCUACCUGAGUCUGUCGAAUGCGGCCGCGAUGUGUUCAACACAGGCUGUGCUUUGCUGAGCAAUGAAGACCUUGAGAAGACCAUGAACCUGCUUGCGGCCCAAACGGCUGCCGAUUUUGAGAUGUGCGACAUCUUCUCAGCCAUGGAGUCUCUUGGGAUCGAUGACGAUGAAGGAGUCUUCAACCGCAUCGUCAAGUGUUUUCCCCCCGGACUGCCCAUGCAAUACGCGGUUGGCUGCCCUGACGGCUGCGACAUCAAGACGUUAGCAACAGUGACCAUGCCCUAUGACUCCGCGGACACCGCUCCAACCGUGUCAACGACACCUGCGGAGGAUGUUGCCCACAAGGCGCUGCGCACUAUCAUCGAUAGUGUGGAACUAAUGGCACAACACAUACCGGAACGCGGAGGACGCGGUACCGCACUUGUUGGCACUUGCGCCGCAAGUGCCUCGAGCUACCCUCGCCCAACAUCGCCACGGCAACCCGCCAGGAGCCGCAUCAGAAAAACUAAUGGCGGAGUCGGGUCCACCCACCCGACUCUUCUGAACUGGCAUGGGUCUCCAUCAGCAACAUGGCGCGUCCCCGCGAAACCGCCGUGGCUCCGGCGCCGCGUAAAACGACAGACGCAGAAAGCCGCUCGGCGCCUGUUGCAGCUCGAAGCGGCGUCGCGGCGGCUCCUCAGCGAGCGUCCACGCGGCAUACGCGUUCUCGCGCUUCGUGACGUUGGGCUCCACACCUGGCACCUGACGAUGAACGGUGUCAAGCUUGCCGCCGCGUCGACAGCUGCUCUACAAGUUGUGUAG